AUGAAGCUGGAUAUCUGCACUCUGAUGGUGUGCUGCAGUGCAUUGUGGGUAGUGGUGUCCUCUGGCGGGGAUAAAGCUCCUCCCUCUCCUCCUCCCGGCUGUGACUCCAUGUUGGCGUUUUCCUCGGAGGUUUCCUCGUCGUCUGAAGGGAACGGGAACAUCCACCGCAGAUCUCUGUCUCCGUGGACCUGGAAGUCGAGCACGGAGAAGAACCGGAUCCCCUCCACGCUCUGGGAGGCCAACUGCAGCAGCAGCUUCUGCUCCGGCUCCGGCACCGGCACCGGUACCGGACACAACCUCAACUCUGUCCCCGUGUACCAGAGUGUCCUGGUGCUCACCCGGCGGGACGAGGGGCGCUGCUACACCGCCAAGUACCGCUCGCUGGCCGUUGGCUGCACCUGCGUCUGGGCCACAACCAACCACGACUGA